AUGCAAGGCGGCUUUGGUGGUGCAAAUGUGACAGCGCGCAAGUGGAUCCAAGGACGGGAAUGGCUCUGUCGUACGUUGGUCGUUGGUCGCCUGUUCGUCGCUCGUUCGCUCUACGGGGAUGUAGUGCUGGGCUCAAGCCAUGCGAUCGUCGUCGGUCGGUUCGUGCCGACGUGGCUUCGGGGUAGGCGUUCACGGCGUCCCACGCCAGACGCCUGCUGA